ACAACUUUCAAUCUGUCAUCAAAUAGAAAGCAUAGUGUUGUCAAGUAGAAAUUUGGUUUUCACAGGAAAUCUGCCCCAUAUGCUCCAUAGUUUCAUAUCACUUAUCGUCAUCAUACCCUUAGCAUCUGAUCUGAGUGAGUGCAAGACCGAAUCAUUUUGGUAUCCUACUUGGUACACGAAAAAUCUAGGUAGUGGUCCGGACCAGAACGUUAAAGUCGGAUCCGAAACCUUUCAUAUUCCUGUCACAUCAACAGACACUCCAGUUCACCUGAACUUGAACUCAGCUACACCAAAAUUAACUAUUAACUACCCAAGGAAAGUCGAUUACUUGGCCCUUAAGAACAAGCAGUGUCUCCUCAAAAUUCCCCUCAAACGUGGAAGGAGAAGAUACGAGAGAAAGUUCAUUGCUAUUUCGGAAGGCAUUUUUCCACAUCCUGAAUCACAGGAGAAAUUCGUUAUUGUCCACAGAAGAAGAGAUGGAAAUUUGGAGAGCUUGGAAAUGGAUUGUGUAAAAGGUACAUAUUUUGAUGCGAAGGAGAAGAAAUGUAGAUAUAAGAACAGAAUUUCUCCAACUACAAGCUUUGAGAACAGAGCUACUGAAAACUAUUUCAUGUCGACGAAUAAUAAUAUAAAUAUUAUAUGAAAGUGUGGGUGAAGAUCAUCGUCUGAAAAUUAAAGAAUAUUCGAAUAGUUCCCUUUCAAUAGAGUUUAUUUUACAAAUUUUUUUGAGGUGUUCCUUUUUUCGAAGGCAACUAAUUCAUUAAAACCAUAAUGAAAAUAGCCAAUCUCUUUACCUGACAAACUCAAGAUAUUCUCAUGAAUCUCAUUUUCAUUGUGUUAUAUGGGAUGACCAGAAAAUUUCAUAUUUUUUUGUUGUUGUCAAUUACGCCUAGAGUGGGAGUAGCUCUAUAUAAACCCUUUUUUUUUCAAAUGACAUGGUCAAUAAAUUUAA